UCUCUCUCUCUCUCUCUCUUCCGCUUUCCUUCGCCACCAAGGAAUUCGAAUAUCUAACCCCACUCAGCCACUCUUCUCUUCGUCACAAGCACUCGUAUUCAAAAUAUUUGCACAAAACACCCUCUCGUUUUCGUAAAUUGCUCUUCGCCCUCUUCCCCGUGGCCCGUGCUUCUUUCCUCGUCGCCUCCACCCUUGUAUGGGCAAAAGGAUCCCCUCUGCGUCGAGCAUCGAGGAGUACGCACGCGUUGCCUCCGCGAGGAUCCGCGCCGCGAAGCGUCUUCGCCCUAAACCCUCUCGCGGAUCCCUGGAUCCUCUCAGGGAGCCGCCCCUUUCCUCGUCCGCCGCCGCCGCCGGGCCCGCGGCGAGCGCCAGGGGCGGGGCGGGGCGGGGGAUGGAGAGCCGCUUGCCCCUCGCGGAGGUGGUCGGCGACUGCGUGCGGCGGUGGUUUCAGGACGCGCUCAAGGAGGCGAAGGCCGGGGACGCCGCGAUGCAGGUGCUCGUGGGCCAGAUGUACCACAGCGGCUACGGCGUCGCCAAGAACGAGCAAAAGGCUAGAGCAUGGAUUGAGAAAGCAUCAAAAUACAGAUCUUCAGUUUGGAAAGUUGGUGACAAACAUCCAGGAUAUAAUGCUAGCGACUCAGAUUCUGAUGAGGUGACGGAAAAUGCCAAGUGAUGAUGAAAAUAACUCAACUCUACAACAACAAGAACAUAAAUUUGUAGGGCCUACUGCGGAUGAGGGCUAACGACAUGCCAAUUUUGGUGACUGUACACUGUACAACAUCACAUUUUUUCUGUUUCAACCAUCAGAAACAAGUUGUGAAUCUAUCAAAUGCUUUGUUAAGUUAAUUGGAAUUUGUAACCCUUCAUAAUCAGCAUUUUAUUUGUUACACUAAUUGGAAUUUUGUUAUUCUUCAAGUCUUGAGUUAUCAUGAUUGUUUGAGUUAUUACAUUUUCUCGCUGUAUGCUAAUGAUGAAAAUUAUGUCUAAUGCAGUUGCUGUUAUCUGUCA